AUGCCUCCCAAGACCGUUAAACGCGCUCUAAACGACCUGCUGGAGGAUUUGAGCGUCAUACAGUUACAGAAGUUCUGCUCUGCGAUCAUGGACCGCAGGGAAGAGCCACGGGUCAGACGCAGAGCACUGCAAGGCAAAAAUGAUAUAGAAAUCUCAGAUGUGCUGGUCACAACCUUCACUGAGUCCGGAGUCGUCGAAGUGGUUCUGGACGCGUUGAAGGAGAUUGGCUGUAACGAGCAAAGAGAGAACUUCGCCAAAGACACAAGUGAAGCAUCACAGACACUUGUUUCAAGUUAUGGAAACAUCAUGAAGGUGGAAACUACUGGUGCCUCAGAGCAAACAGCUCAGCAGGACAAUCUGAAUUACUCAGGUGUGAGGGCGUCAUCUGCCAUGGCAGAGACUGAUCUGGAGAAAAUGAAGGACUACAAAUCCAUCAUCAAAAAUGUGGCUCGUCAGAAAGGAAUCGAUCCAGCUCUGAUUGCGGCCAUCAUCUCCAGAUCAUGCAGGGCUGGAAAGACCCUGAAGCCAGGAGGCCGGGGGCGCUAUGAUGAAAAUAGCUAUGGGCUGAUGCAGAUUUAUGUCAAUCCAAAUGGAGAUGGAAACACCACAAAAGUUCCAUUUGACAGUGAGGACCACCUCCUAGAAGGCACCAACAUCCUGAUUUAUUUCAUAUUGCGCAUAAAGAAUGCAUUUCCUGACUGGAGCAAGGAACAGCAGCUGAAAGGAGGGAUAGCAGCCUACAAUGCAGGUGAUGGGAACAUCCACAGCUAUGAAGAGGUGGACGCCAAAACCACAUGUGGAGACUACUCCAAUGAUGUUAUUGCCAGAGCUCAGUGGUACAAAAGGAAUGGAGGCUUUUAAAACCUGAAGCUGCAUAAUCUCCUAAAAAUUAUAGAUCAAACAAUGUCUGUAAUGAGUGCUUCUUUUAAUCCUUUGAGAUACACUGUCCAUUCCAAUAGAUUUACUUCUAGGAUGUCUAGACGUAUGAUUACUGUCCCCUGACUCCCCACAAAUGCACAAACUUAUGUCUAUAAGUCAGUCACAUCGUCUGAAGUGGACUGCAGCAGAGCCACAAUUCCUUUUCAGCAAACAUGGCUGAUGAGGCAAGGAGGAAGCAUAAGCCAUAACUUCUGUUUAAACUGUGUUUACAGUAAAUAUGAGAUGUUAUACAACUUCUACAUGAUCUGAAUGUCACCUAAAGGGAAACCGGGAAAUCAAUAGAGAAAUACUGUUUUGUGUGACUGUUCUGAUUUGAUUUCCUAAUGAUACAAUCAGAUUAUAAUGCAUCCUAUUGGUUAUGUACACAGAAUAUUCAAUAAUAAUAAUAUGAAUAACUUUGUUUUUAUCAAUCAUAUCGUUGAAAUAAUAAAAAAUGUAUAUACGCAA